AUGCUCCGCCCGGAGAGAUGGGGCACUCCGGGCUCACUUGUGCCUGCAGUUGCUACAGGUCUCUUGUUGUGGUCUACCUUCUACUCGAUCUCCAAGCCAAAUCCUCGCCGCCAUGUAACAAUCCCAUUGGCAGCCGCCUUCACUAUCAUUGCGGCCCUCAACGCACGCAACUUCUCCUCUAACGACGUCGUCAAUUCCAUAUUUGCCAGAUUUGUCAUCAUCUAUUUCUCUCACUGUCUCUUCAUUUUUGGCUUUGUCUCCAGCUCUGAGCUCGAAGACGAGCGGAAGAGAUGGUUAAUCACCAGAUCCAUGAGACCUAGGGGGGCGCAUAGCACAGUUAUUGACGACGAACAACUGCCGAAAAAUAUGCCAGGGUGUUCAGAUUAUGUCUUUUCCUACAAAUUUCUACUGAACCCUCUCUGUUUCGGGACUAAGUGGGAAGUUCCGCUUAGAGAGGACAGAGGAGACGGAGGAGGUUCACUGGCAAAUUUCGCCCACAAAAGCAGGAACAUCACUUCAGCAAGCCACUUGAAACAGACUUCAUUUCCGUCGAAAACCAGCGACAAGACAUUGCAGAAACCUAAGUCCCGUACAAUGUUCAUUCUGUGGCGCCUCUUCACAUUAUUUUGUCGCUAUCUUGCCCUGUGUAUCUACUUCGAUCGCGACUUGUUCUUUUGGAUGCCAGGAGGGAUUGGCGAAAACAGAGAUGACUAUGUUCUUGGUGGUAACCAUUUCUUCUUCAAAAGUCUUCCCUGUCUUCUCGUAGGCCGGUGUAGCAAUGGUGCGCACAUGCAUGCUCAAGCUGUGCGAGCGACAGUUUUACGACUUCACUGGGUCCUGAUACAAGUCGUCCCCGAUUAUCUUACCCUUUCCUCCUACCAUGACAUCUUGGCCAUUAUUGGUGUAGCAAUUGGAGUUGAUAGCCCAUCCGAGUGGCCCCCUAUGUAUGGCAGUAUUAUAGAAGCAUACACAGUGAGGCGAUUCUGGUCCUCAUUCUGGCAUCUUCUCAUCUACCGAUCGUUUUCUACGUUUUCGCGAUCCAUCUUGUCUAUUCUGGGUGUCAGUAGGCGCCACCCUAUUAGCAGAUACACGCACAACAUUUUGGUGUUUUUCCUAUCUGGCAUCAUGCACGAGAUCGUGCCAUGGUUGCUCACUCCAGACCAGUGCAUGAAGUGCGGGUGCCAUCACCAGAUCUGGAGGUUCGUUCUACAGGUCUUUGGGAUGAUGGCAGAAGGUGCGGUUCAAUUUGUAUGGAGUAAGCUGGAGAGGUGGCUCUUCGGGCCUGGAGUGGUACAAGUUCGCUUACGUAUUUUCCUUUUACAUACUGUUUAG